AUGAAGUUUAACCCCUUCGUGACCCUGGAUCGCAGUAAGAACUGCAAACGCCACUUUAGUGCUCUCUUGCACGUGCGCAGGAAGAUCAUGUCGUCCCCGCUGUCCAAGGAGCUGCUGCUGAAGUAUAACGUGCACUCCAUGCCCAUCCUCAAGGACGACGAGGUCCAGGUGGGCAUUCGCCCAAGCAAGGUGAUUAUCACAAGUCUCAAACUGGACAAAGAUGGGAAAAAAAUUCUUGAACACAAAGCCAAAUUGCGACAAGUUGGAAAAGAGAAAGGCAAAUAUAAGGAAGAACUUAUUGAGAAAAUGCAAGAAUGA